AUGAUCUUCCCAAAACUCAUGAAGUUUACAAUUUUUGCUCUCCUCUUCGGAAUCAUCCAUUGCUCAUCCGUAUGUCCCGAUGGAUAUGCAAUGGUCCUGGACAAGUGUCUAAUGGCCAUCAAGAAUCCAAUGACACAUUCUCAAGCUGAAACCGCUUGUACUUAUACCGGAGGAACCUUGGUUAACAUCAAAAGUGCCAUCGAGAACCGAGCCGUGUCCCAAUUCGCCUCGAACUCUGGAAUCAAUCAAACUUGGAUUGGGUUGUUCUGCUUCGACAAUAAAAACCCUUCGAAAUGUUUCUACGAUGAUUAUUCUGGAACUUCUGCCCUCUAUGACAAUUUUGCCAGUGGUUACCCCAUGGUUGAUGGUAUUUAUGGUGGAUGUGUCUAUACUUCAACCAGUGGAUCGUUGGCUGGUAGAUGGGUCAGUGUCAAAUGUGAAGCAGAGAGUAUGCCAUUCAUUUGUGAAAUGCCGAUUUCUACUUAUGAUGCUUCCUGCCCUCACAACUACAAUGAUUUCUGCUAUCUCAAAUCCUCUGAAAUGCCAAUUGCCACUGGAAAAUUCGGAGACGCCUUAAAAAUCUGUGAGGCUCAAAAUGGCUCUCUCGUUUCAAUCCAUUCAAAACGAGAAAUCGACUAUAUCAAAAGUCUCUACAGAGAUCAAACUAGCAUUCGGACCAUCUUGAUUGGAGCUCAACUAGUUCUCCCGAACCUCUAUUCCUGGACUGAUGGCUCUAAUUUCGAAAGCUUCGAUUAUAGAGAUCCUUUGAGUUCUGCAUCCAAUAAUGAUAACAAGUGCCUCUUCAUGGAUAUUUCAUCAGGAUUAUGGUCCAGUGGCACUUGUGACUAUAUUGGGAGCUCCUUCCUGUGCAAAAUUCCACUCUCCGUCGUUCCAACUCCCCAGUCUGAAAUUUUGUCGGAAAGCAACCCUUCAGACUUCUCCAAAUGCAAUACCACUUUUCUAAUGGCUCCUGGAGAAUUCACUUCUUAUGGAUACCUUAGCACUGAUCCAGCUGAGCCACCGGUUUACUGUACAUGGAAAAUCGUCACCACUGGUGCUUACAAAAUGAGAUUGUUCUUCACUGAUGUCAACACUUAUAACCCCAUCUAUGUCUAUGCAGAAAAUGGAAACGAAAUCGAACGGGUUAGAUACAGUUCAUCCUCUGUGAUUUCUCGAUCCAACAUCGUGAAUGUGGCAUUCCAAGCGUCUGGACGUCCUGGUUACACUGGAUUCAAAGCUGUGGUUCUGGCUUAUUGA